GUCUUUCAUAUAUCACAAUAUUAUUUUAUAUCAGGUGUUCUUUUUGAAAUCAUGCUCAUCAGGAAUCAUUCUGUGUUGUCAGUUCCGUGUGACAGGCACCCUGACCGCGCUUGGUCGAACAACCGGAAUAGUCCCGGGUGAACACGCGUGAUGUAACCCGCUGAUUUACCUAUCUGGUACACACGCAUACGAUAUACGCGCAACGGAAAGCUAACACAUACAAAAUACACAUAUUAACAAACGCGCACACGCAAAACGAAGGAACCAUGUCUAGCCACAAUUCGCGUAAAUUUCACACGUGCCAUAGGCGAUCCCCACCCCAGAAGUAGCUGACUCUUGGCCUCGAAACGAAACGACUACAGCGUGUAUCUACGUAUCUCGGCUAGUGAUGGAAGUAAUUCGAUUAUCAUUGAAAAAUACUUGAACGAUGCAUGUCGCGAUAAUUUGCCGACCAUCGAUAUUCCAAAUACAAAUAUUCACGGGGAUACCAGGGCGUCAAUCAAUAUUUGAAAAUAUACAUUCAACACAAGUGCUUUUAUAAGUAUACUUGUUGAAAUCAAGCACAAACGCGUGACUUCGAGCGCGAAAAAACGGCAAUAAAUUCAACUUGUAACUGACGUUGAUAACGUGAAAAAUUAUGUAAUGCUUCUAAUGGACGGCACGCGGAACGACGGAUAUGGAAAUCCAGGUGGUAUGGAUGCUGGAGGGACUGACUUCGAUCCUGGCCAGCAAGGUCAGCAAGGCGAACAGGAGUUAGCAACGAAGAUGUUGCAGAUCCAGAGUAAAAGAUUCUAUCUUGAUGUAAAACAGAACAGACGUGGGAGGUUUAUUAAAGUAGCCGAGAUCGGCGCCGAUGGAAGGAGAAGCCAAAUCUACCUGGCACUCAGCACAGCAUCCGAGUUUCGGAAUUACCUUUCGACGUUUAGUGAUUUUUAUGCAUCUUUAGGUCCACCAAACUCGGAGAAUGUGCCAGAUGAUGGGAAACUAAAAUCAGAAGUGAUGACAAAGGAUAACAGGCGGUAUUACUUGGACCUCAAGGAAAAUACUCGCGGCCGUUUCCUGCGGGUGAGUCACCCUGUGUCGCAGACGAUAACACGAGGAGGACCCAGAACGCAGAUCGCGAUACCAGCACAGGGUAUGAUCGAGUUCCGUGACGCGUUGACAGACCUCCUCGAAGAAUACGGUACGGACGAUGGUGGUUUCAAGGGUGACUUACCAGAGGGACGAUACAUGCGCGUGGAUAGCAAGAAUUUCUAUUUUGAUAUCGGCCAGAAUAACCGUGGUAUCUACAUGAGAAUUUCUGAGGUGAAAACACACUUUAGAACAGCAAUCACCGUACCAGAGAAAUCCUGGGAGCGUUUUCGUGAUAUAUUCGCAGAUUAUUGUGAAAGAAUGAGAGAAAGAGGCGCUGGGAGUAACGUCGGCAUGAACAGCGGUGGCGGAGGAAAUGUCUUGCCCGAGGGGAGGGGCUCGGUGGUGGCACAGGUAACACAGAAACCUGCUGGUGUAAAGACCAAAACGGAAAAGCGGCAGGCCGAUCAACGGCAACGCGAGUCUUUGAAACGACGCAAAUCCCUGCCACGCCAAGCAGAACCGUCCACCAUCAAUCCUGAAAAAUCCAUGUCCGCUCCUGCCUCUCAAGUCCCAACAACUACCGAUAUCCCGUUAUCUUCUGGUUCUGCUAUAACUACAUCAAGCACGAGCAAAAGUACGAUGUCCGAAGAGAAUGUUUCUAGCGGUUCUACAGCAUCACAGGAGAUUCAAGGGGUACCGCGCUUAGAAACUGUUCAAGUUUAAAUUUGCGAUGACGUUCUGCAUAAACACGCAUGCGCAUUUUCAAUGCGUAUGCGCGAGCGAAGGGCGCGAAAGAAACCGAUAAGAGGUGGCGCGAUCCAAUUCAGAACGCACAGCUGGAGUGUAUCGUUUAAUUUGUUAUUUUGUGUUCCGUAUCGUGUAUCGUGUUUCACGCGUAAUUUCGUUUCCCUAUAAACACAGAUUCAUUCAAAUCUUACGGGAAUAGUUCGCUUGUUGAUUAUCGAAGCGUUUAGAUUAACUUCAAACGAACACGGGUUUCGAGUUAACAAAGCGAAUGGUGCAUACAUACAUGUUCUUUGAAAGACUUUUGCCGUUUUAAUGGUAUUUUCAUGAUAAAUUUUUUUUUAUUUUUGUCAAUCAUCCGUAUGUAAAUUUUAUCAAAUGUUUAUUAUAAAAAAAAAUCACAUGAUAAAUUUAACAUUAUAUAUAAAUUGAAUUUCGAAUUUGUAGUGUCAUAUUCUUGACAUAAAGUAUUGAAAAUUAAUUAUAUUCAUUUUAAAUUUAGAAAUUUAGUUAAUUAAAUUAUUUUAAAUUGAUAAUAUUAUGUUGUUAAGUUAUUUUGUGAUUUUAACCGUUUUAAAAAAUUGUGAAAGUACAAGGAAAGGAGUACAAGAAAAAGUAAAAGAUUUUUUUAUAUAUUUGUUAAAAAAUAUUCGAAAAAUAUGAUAAUCAUUAUUUGUAAUUUUAAUUCGUUGUAUGUUGCACCAUUCUUUCCAUAACUUGAAAACAAAGGAACCCUAUGUAAGUGUUGUUAAGCAGAGAAAAGAAGUAUUGAAUAACUUGAUCCGAGUUUCUGUUCUUUUUUUCUCAUUGUUAAAAGAUGGAUCGGUAUCGUUAAAUAUUUUGCUUGUUUUUGAGACAGUAACGAUAAGUUUUGUAAUAAAAACGUCUGGUUUUUAAUGGUUGGGUACGACCUGAGAUUCGCAUAUUGCAAUUAACAAAGAAAAACUAUCUAUUGUGUGCGAAUAACUACUUAAGUUAAUUAUUACAUUUUGUUCAAAACUAUUAAAUUUAUAUUAUGCAGAAACAGAAAUUUAAUAAAGGUACUUUCUUUUGAUACUAUAA